AGAAACGACCUCGUAUUGGUGGGGUUGAUGGGUUCGUCAACAGCGUUAAGAAGCUCCAGAGGCGCGAAAUCAGCUCCAAGCGCGACCGUGCUUUUACUAUGAGCGAUGCCCAAGAGAGGUUUCACAAUAUUCGCCUCCAGAAACCAACCAGAGAAAGUGAUAAGAAACUUGUUUUAUAAUAAAAACAAUGACUCACUUAUCACUGUUUCGGUUUAUGCCUCAGACGACUUCAGUUCUUUGAAAUGCAGAAGCACAAGGAUUGAAUACAUAAGAAGGGGUAAACCAGAUGCUGGAUUUGCUCUUUUUGAAUCCGAGUCACUGAAAUGGCCUGGUUUUGUAGAGUUCGAUGAUGUAAAUGGGAAGGUUCUUACUUAUUCUGCACAUGAUAGGUUUAUUGAUAAGAAUGUCCAAGAGAUUAAGAUAAAGCCCUGGGAUCAUGCUGUUGAAUUUUACUAAAGCUAGUAGCCAUGUUCUACUUAAGAUUCUGUCUAUAGAGGAUGGUACUGUCCUCAAAUCCUUUAACCAUCUCCUUCAUCGGAAUAAGAAGGUGGAUUUCAUUGAACGGUUCAACGAAAUGCUUCUUGUAAAGCAAGAAAAUGAGAACCUUCAAUUCUUGACGUGAAGGACUUCUUGAUAUCUUGCAGAAGUACUAUAAUUUUCAUUUGGAUUUGUACGUCUGACUCUGCUAUUAUCUGUAGGUCCGCAAUUUUGAGAUGACAGAGGUAAGCAGAACCCAAUUCAUGACACCAUCGGCCUUCAUAUUUCUGUAUGAGAAUCAGUUGUUCCUGACGUUUCGGAAUCGUACCAUGGCUGUUUGGAACUGUAAUUUCGAACCUUUUCACCCAUGGAGUAGACCGUCGGCCGGACAAGGGCAAAAAUGUUGUCCAGAAUAACAUCAUCUAGCUUGUGGAAUAAUGGUACCUAUAAGUAAUAAAAAGGAAAAUAGAGGGUAUUAUAUUGUA